AUGUUUAUUAAACUAUCUCUUCUUUGUCUCCUCGCUUACGUCUCCUGUCAGGAAGGAAAUGGAACCCAUCAAAACGAUAUCGGAUGGACCCAAGCUGUAGCCGUGUCGGGCAAACUGACUUGCAAUGGAAAAGCCGCUUCGAAUAUCAAAUUGAAGUUGUACGAGAAUGAAAUCAUUAUCGAUCAUUUAAUGGCUGAAGGACACUCCGAUUCAAACGGAGAGUUCAAAGUAUCCGGAUCCAAGAGUGAAAUCACAACAAUCGACCCAAAAUUGAAUGUUUACCACAAGUGUAACUACAAUGGGUUGUGCUACAAGAAAUUCACCAUCAAAAUCCCGAAAGACUACGUCAACAAGGGAAAGGAGGCCGAGAGAACUUAUGAUGUGGGAACCCUGAACUUGGCUAAUAAGUAUCCAGGAGAAUCCACCGAUUGUAUUAAUUGA